AUGAAUGAGACAACACUUGUUGUUGACAGUGAGGGCGAGGUUAUUAUAAUUUUGAUAUGUCCAAGCUACCCCUUUGCACCCUGGAGUGAAGGAAAGACGGAAGACGAAUUAACGAAGAAGUAUAAAAAGAAACGAAAACAGCAAAUUACAAAUCCCGCCCCGCCUGAUACUGGUGAAGCUUCUGACGAUCCUCCCGGAACAAGAAGGCAUGCUGAACCUACGGCUGAAUCUGCCGCUGUAGGAACGCAAUUUGACGGAACAUACACGAUUCCCUCAUCCGGAGACGAAAUUGAACAUGGACAUGUGGAAGACAGUGAAGCUGCCAAGCAGGCUUCUGAUGGUGAGGAGCAUAAAGAUGAGGACUGCUUUCGCAUCCAGGUGUCCGCAAAGCACUUGAUUCUGUCCUCUCCUGUGUUUAAAAAAACACUUACAGGUGGCUGGCAAGAAAGCUUUCUCCUACUCAAAAAAGGCUCAGUGGAGAUUACUGUAUUCGGUUGGGAUCUUGAAGCCUUCAUAAUUUUGAUGGACAUAUUUCAUUGUCAGCCUCAAAAUCUUCCCCGACAGGUGAGCCUCGAAUUGCUUGCAAAAAUAGGUAUUUUAGCAGACUACUAUGAAUGUCAGGCGCUUGUCCGAUAUUUUGUGGACAGGUGGAUCAACACUUUGAAAGAAAAAUUCCCUGAAACUUAUUCACGCGAUUCGAUGCUCUGGCUAUGGUUUGAAAAAUCUACAGCAAUGGCCAUAUCGCAGAGCAGCGGUCUAAUUACAAGCCUUGGUUUGCCAAUCCCAGGAAAAGCUAUCAAUUAUAUAAACAGCCGCAGAGAGAAAGCGAUUCUUGCUAUUCUUUCUUCACUCAACAGCCAUCGUGAUGCGUUCCUAGACGGAAGCAGAGGGUGCUCUUUUGAUUGCAGCUCAACCCUGUUUGGGGCUCUGACGAAGCAUAUGCAUUCCAAUGCUCUACUCUCUCUACAAACUGAGCCUCAUUUUCCUGGCCUAAGUUACCAUGGGCUCGAGGGGACAGUAUGUUCUUUUAAGUCCCCACGAUUGUGUUGUUAUAAUUGGGGUUAUGCUGAAUACUCGCGAUAUUCGGGGUACCAUCCCACCCCCAAAGGUCGGGAUUCAUCCUCCCGUUCUCUCCUGAUAAAUUUGCCUGGUGAUAUCACAAAAGGAUUGAGUUUCUUCGAUUUGUCUUCGCCAUAA